UAAUGUUAUUACAGGAAGUCCCUGAAAUACUUUUAUCUGAAUGCUGCUUUAAAUUGCUGGAUCUGUUUCUUGGAGCAGUAUAUCUGUUUGUGUUUAUGAAGUAUGCAAUCUGCAGUCUAGGACGAAGUCUGAAGUAGAAGCAUGAAGCUGGAGCUGCCUGAAACCUUUGAUGAUGUUGCUGUGGAUUUUUCAAGGGAAGAGUGGAAGAUGUUGAACAAAGAAGAGAAGGAACUGCACAGGCUGGUGAUGGUGCAGAACUAUGAGCACAUGGUGUCAGUAGGGUACAAUGUCCCAAAAGAACAUUUAUUCUUACUGCUUGAAAAACAUGCGGACAUCCUACCAAAAUCUGUAGAAGGAGAAGUAACCCCUCAUCAGCUGAACUUUUCAGAUGAUCCCCACAACAUCUGCAGGAACAUGCAUCGCUGUCAGAGUCCAUGUCACAUGACACUACAAAGGGAGCCUUUGAAGUCUGAACAUGUACAGAGCCGCAUCGAUCAGAUUUCGAUUAUACGAUACGAGUCAAGUCAGGCUAGAAAUGGACUUUUCAACUGUGUGUUGUGUAACAGGACUUUUAGCCAAGAGAAUGAACUAAAAGUACAUCUGCAAACUCAUGAGGUGGAUGAAUUAUGCAAAUUCAAUGACUAUAAAAAGAGUUUAACACUUCCUGGUAAGGAGAGACAUACAGAAAAGGACCAUACCCACAACCUUGCAAAAAAUCUCAGCACGUUUGAAGGAAUUAUUGAGGAACAGAAAAAGAAAGGUAGUCUGAAAAUAUGUGAAAUAGUCUAUUUAAAACUAAACCAGUACAAGUGUGCAACAUGUGGCAAAAUGUUUGGACUGAAGGCUGAGCCUGCUGUCCAUGAGAAGAUCCGAACUGGGAAGAAGUCACAUAUAUGUGGAACAUGUGUUAAGACUUUCAAAUGGAAGAACUUAUGUGCAAUUCAAAAGAAUUCUUUUGUUAAGGAUAAACCUUCUAAACGUGCAACAUGUAAGAGGGUUUUCAAAAAGAAGUCAAAAGUAGCAUCCCAUGUGCAAACCCAUUCUCAAGAAAAGUCACAUCAGUGUGAAAAAUGUGGCAAGAGUUUUAAAAGGAAGAGUUCCUUAAUGUACCAUGCAAAACUGCAUGCUGGGGAGAAGCCAUACAAGUGUGCUAUGUGUGCUAAGAGUUACGUACACAAGUGUUUUCUAGCAUUGCAUAUGCAAACCCACACUGGUCAUAGGCCAUAUAAAUGUUCCACUUGUGGCAGGAAUUUUAUAUGUAAGGGCCAUCUGGCGUCCCAUUUAAAAACCCACACUGCAGAGAGACCUCAUAAAUGUGUGACAUGUAAUGAGAGCUUUAUAUGGAAGUACCAGCUCUCGUAUCAUGAGCAAAUCCACACCGGUGAUAGGCCAUUUAAAUGUUCAACAUGUGACAAGAGUUUUAGAACUAAGUGGUACCUCACAUACCAUGAGAAAACUCACAAUGGUCAGGAGCCGCACAAGUGUUCAACAUGUGGUAAGGGUUUUGUAUGGAAAACUCAGCUUGCAGACCAUGAGAAAAUCCACAGCGGUGAAAGACCAUAUAAAUGUUCAACGUGUAACAAGGAUUUUAGGAAGAAGAGUAAUCUCGUAUAUCAUGAGAAAUUACACACCGGUGACAAGCCAUACAAAUGUGCCACGUGUGGCAGGUGUUUCCUGUGGAACAGUCACCUGCGGCAUCAUGAGAAAAUCCACUCUGAUACACACAGAAGGAAAAGGAAGAGAUCCAGCUUGGAGAAAUAAAGAUCCUCCGGAAACUAACAAAGAUGCUGAAUGGACAGAAGAAGUAAAGAAAGAAUAAAAAGUUCGAAUGUACAGGAUAUGAAACUGGAUGAAACAGCAGCCAGAGAAACUGAAACAAGAUUAAGAAAAGCUCCAAACUGGAAAACCCCCUGCCCAGAUGCAGUCCUUAACUUCUGGGUAAGAGUAUUAACAUCUUUACAUAUUUAGCCCUGAGUAAGAACUGUUUAUAUGUGCACCCUGGACAGAUGCAAGUCUGGUUAACUACAGGAAAAACUGUACUCUUCCUUAAACGUUAACCUGCUAUAUAUCCUAAAAACUAUAGACCAAUAGUUUGCCUUCCAAUGAUGUAUAAACUAUGCACUGCAAUUGAUGCUGGUAGAGGUUAUAGUCAUUUAGAAGAAAACUCAUUCACGACAUUAGAACAACAGGGUAACAAAAGGAAGUCAUAUACAACAAAAGAUCAUUUGUUGCUAAAUAAAGUCGUAAUGCAGAACUGUAAAAAGGUGGAGAAUCUAUAAGUCUGAUAAGGAUAGACUACAAAUAAACAUUUGAUAACAUCCCAUAUUCAUGGAUGAAAGAGUGCUUACAAAUGUAUAAGAUAACACCCUACAUUGAUCAGUUACA